AUGAGCAAUUGGUUUGAUAGUAUUGAGGGAGUGGAGUGUUUCUCAACGCUUCUCUAUAAUGGAGACAAAUCGGCACUAGAGACGGUGACUGAUCUUGGCUGGCCUGGUUUGGCAUCUGCGAUGGGAUCAUUGUUAAUGCAACAAGUCCUUCAACAGUCGGAGUCUGCAUACUCUAUUUUCUUCGUUACGCAGGUACUGCGGCAUUUGGUAGAUUCUCAGUUCACAACAAGUGAUCUCGUGGCACUUGAGGCUUUUUUGAGUUGUGUGAUUGUACAACGGCACACCUUGUUGACGCCUGUUUGUGUAGAUGCCUUGAUUCGACUCCUCUGCACAGCAGUAAUACGAGGCUUCUGUGAUGCCCCGGAGCUUCAGAACUUUCCUCACAAAGUGUUAGCGGCGUUAAUGUUGAAAGAUAAUCGCUAUUCGGAGGAACAUGUCUCAUUAUCAUGUUCUAUUCUCAUCACACUUAUUGAUGAGAUUGAAAAUAUGGAAGAUACAGUGCGAGGACUUGUAACUCAUAAGAGAGUGAAUGUUUGUUUUCGUAAUGAAUCUCUUCUACCAAUGUUUCGUGCAGUUUCUCAUUGUAUUAAACAUCUUCAUUGCAUGCAUGAAAAGGCGAAUUAUAGUGCUGUAACUUUAUUAGGAAGAGUUUUAUUAUUUGACUUUAAUUCUUCAUGUAGUGAAACGGUAGAAGAUAUGAUGACACGAGAAUUUCCUCAAGAAUGGGCAAAUGAUCUUAUUGAUCAACAGUUGAUGAUGCGAUUAUGGGAAUUAUAUACAGCACCUACAGGGGAUUCGAGAUUUUUUGCUGCUCUUUUGGAUGCCUUAACUCCACUUGUUUCCAUUAAAUCUACACUCUAUCCUUCUCAACAAGUACAAAGCAAUUGGUUGGGAUUAAUUCUUUCAGCUACUCUUUCCAUUAUGGAAUCUCGUAUUCACUUGGAAGAGGCUCCAGUGUUAAGAGAAUUUUGUAGGUUAUUAAAUCGAAUAAAACCAAAUUUUACAAUUGAUGAAAUGAGGAAAUCUUCAUGUUAUGAACGUUGGAUUCGCACAACUUGUGAAUUUACUAAAUUAUGUUUUCAGAAUUGGUGUUAUGCUCGUCAGGCGUUUCUUUCAUUAACGUCUAUUUGGGCUAAACUCGUUGGAUCUCAAUCCUACUGUAAAGAUGGUCAAACAUUCUUUGAAGAACUCGCACCUGAAGUGUGUAUUUCAUAUAUAAUGUCCAACAAGGAUCAAGCCGUACGGUUUGCCACACAGAGAGAGACAGUCUCUUUUGAUGAUUAUAUAUUAGAUGCAGAUGCCGAAACGAUUUCAUUAGAGUUUGAUUUUGCUUCACAAUUACUUCGUUUUUGUGGUGAAAAGGUGGAAAACUAUUUUCUUCAAGAAUUACAAUCUUUACUGAGUUUAAUAAAAACAAAGGAAUCUUUAUCAGAUUUACAAAUAUCAUGUACGUGUGAAUGUUUGGCGUGGAAUAUUACUUUUGCUAGUUCAUGGUUGAAUGCAUAUCGCUUUAGCCGAAGCGGUCGAGUUUUGGAUUCUAGUAUAUUGAUUAGUUGUUUUGAUGUUGUCAGAGAAAGUUCUCAAGCUUCUUUUACUCAUUCUGUUUCAAUUGCAACUCGCCGUCAUUUCCAUAAAUCUCUCCUCAUAUUUCUACGAACAGCAUGGCAUAUACUUCUUUUGGAUAGACUGGAUGAUGCGAAAAAACUUCGAGAACAACUUCGAGAUUAUUUUUCAUUAACAAAUCAAGAUGUACUUGGACGUAUUAUAUUAGGAAUAGUAGUAGAUGAAGUGAUGGACUGUGUUCGUACAUGUGCGGACGAUACCGUAAUUGAAGCUCUUGAUCUCUUGAGUGAAAUGGCGCAAUCACCCUCUACUGCUGUUAUCCUAAAGACAUUACCGCAAUUUAAUACAAAUCUGGUACUUAACAUGGAAAGACCUCAAAACCUCAAGGGAGUUGUUGCGUUUCACCGCGUGCGAUAUCGUCUAUCACGUAUUGAAGCGCAAGUACAUUUUCUUGGUAGCACUUUGGAAUAUUUAUCCACAGAGUUUUUACCACCAUUGCUGGAAGAAUUAAAAAAAUGGUUAAUGGCAGGAAUUAUGGCAGGUGACCCCCGUUGUGAUAUGCUUACUAAUAUUGUUUGUUCAUGGCGGGGUGUUUUCCGUUCAUGUGUUGGACAAACGGAAUAUAAGAUGUUCUUGAAAAAUGUAUUUUCUGGUUUACCUUUAAUUACAGAACAACUUCAAAGACAUUUUGGAACUACAUGUGGUUUGCAAUUAUUACGUUUAAUUAAUGAAAUUACUGAGAACCGUUACCGUCGUAUUAACUUUGGACCUAAUGGAGUAGAGGGUUAUUCACUUUUUCGUUAUGUAAGUGAUUCUUUGGGUAUGGCUGUGAAUAUGGUUGAAAAAGCUUUAGAAUCUGGUGAUUCAAGUCUUGAAGAAUGGGGAAUUAAAUGUUUACGUAUUGUGCUUCGAACAGGUCGUAAUAUUCUUACUGGUGGUUACUGUAAUUUGGGAGUACUGCGUCUUUAUGAAGAAAAAACGUUAAUGUUGUGUUUAACUGCUUUAUGGAGAUCUAUGCUUUUAGUUAACCGUAAUCGCUUAUGUCAAUUUGAAAAAUUGGCACAGGCUUAUCUUAUGCUAGCGGGUGAACUUUUAAGGGACUUGUAUCUAUGGUUUCUCUCAGUAGUACCAGUCAACAAUAUUCUUUCUACCAUUCAAUUACUUGAAUUUUCCCUCGGAUAUCAUGUUUCAAAUAAAACUUCUCUCGCUUCACUUAGUUGUGAGGCUUUAGGAGCAUUUACAGGAACAUUAUGUCAGAUAGGAGAGGAAGAUACUGUGCACAGUGAACGUAUUUGUAGUAACUUACUACAGGCAGAUCCAGCUCUCUUUUCUCGUCUUAUUCGUUUAACAAUUGAUGUCAUUGUAUCAAGGAAAUGUUCUUCUUCAACGACGGAAUUUCUUUUAAGAAAUUUAAUAGUUUUAGAUAAGAACUCCUUCGUGGAUCUUGCGAGCAAGUUUGCCGGAUUUGCUAUUACAAAUGAUAAAGAUGCAGAGGUGAGGGCAGUCUUUGAACUUUUGGGAUCCAGUGCAUUUGAGUCAAUUCGAAAGAAUAACAACACCUUAUUUGCGAAGGAGUUUCAACAUUUCUCAACAGUCGUGACAAGUUGUCUUCGCUAA